AUAGGGCGAAGCUGCUCAGAAGAUGCUUUUUCUUGCGCUGGAGGCGGUUGCGUACCAUGGUCUCUCACGUGCGAUGGAGAAAUGAACUGUGAAGAUGGAACAGAUGAGCCAUCCAUAUGUGGUAAUAUCAACGUUUCAGUCUAUAGUUAAUCUAUUGCGUUAAAGGUAUAUUCACAGAGUAUCAGCGGUAAAGUUUUCAAUAUUUUAGCAAAUAAAGCUCGUCCUUUUUAUAUUCAUGACUAUGCACAGAUUAGUGCGCAGGUAAAUGUCUUGCUGUUGUAACCGCCAUCUUUGAUGUUAUGACGGAGGAAGAUUCGAGCAAAACAUUCGCGCACCCGAAGAAAACGCCUGCACUGCAGGCUACGAUAUUCUUAUAAAAUAUAUUUUCGUAGAAAAAAAAAGAGUGUACCUACGUAUAUUUUAACUUUCCCUUGUUAAACUGUGAUUCUAAAUACUAGAGCUAGAGUGGUAAGUCUUAGAAUGUUAAAUGAAAUAGAAGCGACACUUUCUUUAAAAUAUGAGGCACAACUUUGAAUUUGAAGCAAAACAUAUUUCGAUCGAUCUACGAUCAUCUUCAGUUGCAGGUAAUACUGACGGUUACUGUGAUUUGAAAUAAAAACAUAUGGUGAUGCAUGAUACAAUUGCACGUGACGUUACAACUCGUGAUUACAAUUCAAAACGGAUUAACGUUUUUAAUAAGCGCGAGAUAACCAAUAUUUCACACGCAAGUAAGGGAAAGAUACAAAGAAACCAAAUGAAUUAAAUAUCAAAAUCUGUUUAAGUGUAUAAUAUGCAGCAAUAAUAAAUACACAAAUAAAUAAAUAAAUAUAUGAAAGUUAAUAAAAGUAGUAAUAAUAAACAACACUACGUAAUAAUCAAAUAAUGAAUACAUUAGACAGGACUUAAUUUGUUUCUUCAGGGUCUUCGCACUGUCCGUUGCUUGAUCUGAGUUGUGAUUGGUUUAACUAUAACGAUUCAUUAAAAUUGCACCAGUGUGUUGGAAACAAAGGUAUGGAAAAAAGAAUCUUGUCCUACAUUUGUUGAUAAAUGAAAACUACUUUUUACCUGUAACAGUGAAACAGUCGCUUAAAAUUAUAUUAUCAAAAAAGCAAGUGCAAAAGCUUAGUCUCCAUACAGGAAAAUUAAUCCGAUUACUUUUCUAAAAUUCGUUUUGUUCAUAACGUGCAAAAUGUAUUUCUGCUAAUAAGCAGCAGGUAAAUUGAUGAAAUCUGAGUAGUCCAGGUACCCUAUUGGGGCGAAAUAUCAUACAAAUAAACACAUUUAUAACAGAACAAAAGUCAAAGCGUGCGCUCUCAUUGGUCAAUUGCCCAUUUGCUAUUUCCCAUGGGUGAACUGUAACAAAAGCUAGCACGCGCUCAAAGCCGUACGCGCUAUUUUCAACGCUACUGUAUUUUUUAUACACCAUGGUUUGCAAAGAGUUUUUCAGAAGAAAAAAAAUUUGCAAAGAAUGAUUUGCACACGCCAUAGUACAAGCAGAUUACAGCACUCAAGUCAUUUCCCCUACUAUCCGUGAGCAAAAUUAAAAGUUGCUCCCUUUUGAUUAUGUUAUAAAACAAAUGGUAAACGGCUUAGCGUGUACUAUUGAGUUUAAGUUGCACUGAGGAGAAUUUCUAAGCACUCAAGAAGCUAGAGUCGCACUCGACUAUCGCCUCGUGCGACUCUUACGCUUCUUUCGUGCUUAGCAACCUCCAGCGUGCAUCCAUAACUCAAUAGUACACGCUGAGCCGUUUACCAUUUGUUAACUUUACUAUGGUUUAUCAUUUCUUGCCGACAACAGAAAUGACAUUGCUCUCUACUUACGAAGUCUUCCUUAUGCAUUGUGUUAGUUAAAUGCGAUUUUGAGGAUGGACUUUGCGGGAUGAAACAAGUUAACUGGCGCGUUGGGUCUGGCUCAACACCCACAAAAGACACUGGUCCGGAUUAUGACCACACCACAUUUCUACCUGAAGGUUGGUUUGAGUAGUGAGACUAAGUCUUGAGCAUUUCAGUUUUCUCUUCGUAUUCCCUUUUGGAAAGGCGCCACCAAGUGCUACAAACCAUCUCAUAAACAGCAAGCUGCACUAAGUUUAUAUUUUAAAAAAAUUAAAAUAGUUAUACAACAAUAUUAGAAACAAAGCAAUAAAGAAAAUGCUAAAUGUAAAUAAUGGGCUGAUACCAUGAUCAACCGAAUUUGACAGCUGUUCCAAACUAAACGUUCUUAUAAUGACACGUGUAAAAGACAAAAGCUUUGAUAAAGUUUCUAGUGCACUUGGUUUGACUCUUUAGUCUUUUUUUUUUCUUUCUAAGUUUAAUUAUGUACUUAUUUCUGUUAUUCCUUUUUAUUUAUCUAAUUAUCUAUCAAGGAAAAUACCUAUUUCUGGAAGCAUCGAAGCAGAAGGCAGGUGAGGGAGCCAUUCUGGUCAGCAGUAUAAUUGGUCCUGGUAAAUCUAUUUGUGUACAGUUUUGGUAUCACAUGAAAGGAAAGGAUGUCGGAAGCUUGAAAGUCUACAUUCAAACAAAUCAAACAAAAACGCUUGUUUGGAAUACGACAGGUGAACAAGGUGACAAAUGGAACUUUGGACAAGUUGGAUACAAAGGCGGCUUGAAGAGCUACAAGGUAGGGGUAAUAUUGCAACAAAUAACUUAAUAUUAACUGUUCUAAAAAGUGCUAUCCGUACUAAUGGUGAUCUUUCAUGACCGAGAUUUGACAAUCAGAAAACGAGAGGGCUAGUCAGACGUUGUUGUUGUUGCUGUGGAUUGAUGAUAUGAAGUAAGAUAGUUCUCGACCAUAAUACGCAGGGCUAUGGGUAGAUAGUUCAGUCACGAUUUGACUGAUUAUCCCCUGGUGACCAUUUUAAACUUGACUACAAAAUUUGUAAUGACAGUUCGUAGGACCGCAAGUGAGCUUACGUCACUCAAUUUAACUUACUGUAUAGAAUGACAAAUCCUUUAUAAGCGAGAACAGAUCUCUUUGUUGAGUGAUAUGGCAAUAAUAAAUGUGUUCGAUGAACUGAGAUAUGGCACCUUUAAACUCGUCUGAUUCCUCUUUCCAGGUCAUCUUAGAGGGGGUUGUUGGUAGUGGAAUUUACGGAGACGUUGCCGUUGAUGAUCUAUCCUUACUUGGCGAAAAUAUAUGUGACACCAUAACGGGGAAUGGUUAGUUUACCAUUGCUAAACUUAGUUAAAUCCUACUAAACUUCUGGCCGUACGAAGAAAGCCUCAAUUAGGGCUUAAACCUAGUACAGUCGAACUUAAAAAAGUUAAAAGCGCGAAUGAUAUGUUAAAUGGUAUGAUUUAUAGUACUAUUCACACUUUCGCAUUGCCCAUAGUACGUAGUGUUUGCCCCCACUCUCCAAUUUGUUCCUAACCAUUGUUACCAAUUUCUUCUGGGCAGGGCAAUCGUCCCUGAAAGAAAGAAAAGAAACCGAGAAGAAGAUGCGUGUGCAAGAUUUUGGGGACUAAACAGAGCGUAUUAUGAGCAGUGCGAAAAUGGUGAAUUCACUGAAUUCUGAAGCAUCAUUUACUGACCUAGUGUCUUACAUCUAUAUUAUGUCCGGAGGCUUUGAGAAGGUCCUGGUCGUGAUAGAUUAAAACCAUUUAAUAUGUUCGAAGACACAGGUUAAACGAAUGUGUUAACGUUACCGUUUUAUAUUCAACUGCUGUAUUUAACAGACCUUCCCGGAUGUCUAUUUGAGCAGGAUCAUUGCGCGUGGGAGACGAGUGACAACUGGCGAAUGAGUAAACUU